CCCCCUGAAAACGAUAGAUUUCACUGGUCCAGGGAGUGGGCUUAGCCCCCAUAGCACCCCCCCUGAAUACGCCUCUGAUGUCGUUAUUCAUUUUCACAUGAGUAUAUAGUAUAACUAAUCAUAUCCUAGCUCGUAUUCAUGAAAUUAUUCAUUAAUUCCGGGUUUAUCAGAACCCAUUGUUUAAUCGUUUUCAAAAUAUUUUAGAUUUUUUUUUUCAAAAAAAAUCCUCAUAUAUUUCAUGGGUCUGUACUCUGUAUGUUAAAGGUUGAAUUUAUUCCAGAAGAAUGCUGGAUGUCCGGUUGAAGAUGUCAAAUAUUUAUAAAUUUAUUCUACUCUUCCUUUUCAUGGUGUCCAUCAUUUAUCUCUACAAAUCAUCUUUUAUAAAAAUUAAAGUUACAGAUAAAUUGGAAGCUCAAGAAAAAGAAUCUGUCCGUGUAGAUGUUUAUUAUGAAUGUUUGUGCCCAGACAGCAGACAUUUUGUUGUUCACCAGUUGUUCCCAGCUUGGAGUUUGCUAAAGGAGAUUAUGGAGGUUAACCUCAUCCCCUACGGGAAAGCCAGUUCAAAGAAAUCUGGAGAUCUGUACGAGUUUCAAUGUCAGCAUGGUCCGGUAGAGUGCACCGGAAAUACAUAUCAUGCCUGUGUGGCCAAAACUUCAAAACCGGAAAUUAGUUUAUUAUAUGUAAAAUGUAUGAUAGAAAACAACCUAAAUCCGUCUAGUAUAGCAGAAAAAUGCGCGGGAGAACUUGCUGUCCCAUUCUCUGAGAUAGAUACGUGUGCCAAGGGACGUGAAGGAAAUAUGCUGAGUUUCAUGAUGGGAGAACUUACACACUCAUUAAGUCCGUCAGUUACAUUUAUUCCUACAGUAGAAAUAGAAACAAGUCAGAAGAGGUUUCGAGACUCUUUAAAGAAUCUGUCCCUUCAAGUAUGUUUGGAGUACAAGGAGAAGUACAUGAAAACAUUCCCAGCUUGUAGAGAACUACUUCAGUAGUCUACAUUAGUUCUGAUUGCUGUACACCGUACAGAAACAUAUGUUGUACUGUACUGUACUGAACACUCUACAGAAACUCUCAUGCUGUACACUUACUGUUUUACUUGUUUAAUAGUUUUUCUAUCUGAUUUUCUGUACACUGUACACUGUACACUGUACACUGUACACUGAACAGUAUAUAAUGUGCGCUGAAAAUUUGUAGAAAAAUUAUUUGUUGUGAUUCAUCCAGCUAAACCAUCAAUUGUACAACAAAUACAGAAAUUUUUUUUAAAAAAUUAUUCAGUUCGGAAUUUGAUAUAUCACCUCUUUUUACUCUUUACAUGUUCACUGCAUUUAGAUCAGAUAGUUUUCACAUUUGUUGCUUACUGCGAAAUUUCCAGUUUCAUAAUAUCAGAAAUCUAGGCAGCAUAUAGUUCUAGUUCUAGCCGUUUUUUUUUAAAUUAAGAAGUUACCAUAGCAUUUUCACAAUAAAAACAAAUAAAUCUCUUUUAGCAAAAGAUAAAGUUGAAUAGUAAUGCUAAUCGCAGUUUUCAAAUAAAGGGUUCUCUAAAAUCAUAAUUAAAGGCAUUUAUCUAAAUUAAAAACAUCAAUACUGCAUUUUUACUGUGUCGAGCAUUUCAAAAGUAAUGUUAUUUCUGAAAAAAAAGAGGGGAAUGGGAAAUUUUUCAUCCUUUUUUAGUACCCCCUACACAAGCACUUUUUUAUAUAUACAAGUACUGCCAUUUAUUUUAAGAUAAAAUUAAACUUUCUUUUUGUUGGACGAAUUUGCUGCAAUUUUUAUAAGAGCUUUAGUUUUAUAAUUGUUUAAAAUGAAUAAAUUUAUGAAAUUUUUUUUAACAAUUUGCAGUUGUAAUGUUUAUGUAUACACAUUUAUGUGAUUGAAUGUCAGAGCUAUCAGAGCUAGAAGAGAAUGCAUUUCGAAUUUUCACAAUAAAAGAUUAAUACUGAA